CUUCUGCUGCUGCUGUCGUGGCCAUUGUAAAUGUUUCUGUUCUGAGGGGGCUGCAGUCUUCUUGCUGUAAAUGUUCACUCCUUAAUUUAGUCACACUGCUGUUGUUGAGUUAGAGCCACAGAAAGACGAGGCUAAAAUAGAACAGAAAUGUCUCGUGGGAGUUUGUAAAGGGGUGGGGGGGCAGCCCCAUUCCUGAGGAAUCUCCUCCCAUUAAAGCGAACAGAGCUGAGAGGGAAAAAAAGCAUGUUUGACUUGUGAUGGCACUGAGGAGAUUCACACUGACUUAAAAGCGGAAGAGAAGAACCUGAGCACUGUUGAAGAGGCUCAACAGGGACGGAGAGAAAGACAGUAAGCCUGUCCAGCUGCUGGCCACUGCUCAGUGAUGAGAGAGUGUGUGUGGUGAGCAACAGGGAUCAGGAUCAGGGCCCACAACUGUAGGUGGGUGUGGACGGCACAGCCUUCAGGACACACACUUUACCUUGAGUUCUGAGGGACUAAUCCACCUACAAAGCCAGCCAUGCUGCAGCAAAUCCUAAAUGACAUGUACAUUGACCCGGAUGUGCUGGAUGCUCUAAACGAGGAUCAGAAGAAGACUCUAUUCCUGAAGAUGCGCCAGGAGCAGGUCCGCCGCUGGAAGGAGCGUGAGGAGAAGAUGGAGAAGGAGGAGCCCCACAAACCCAAACCAAAGACAGCUCACAGUAAAAGUGUGAGUUGGCUGCUGGGGCGUGAUGGAGACGUGCAGGUCAUCAUCAUUGGAGAGAUGGAUGAGUUUAAGUCCUCCAAAAUCCUCUAUACAGGGCUUGGCGAGAGAAAAGCAGCUAGUCUUCUUAACAAUUCAUGCAACCAGGCAGGCAGUUUGAAGAGCAAUCUUGUAAACAGAACAUCCACAGAGCCGGUGCGAUGUGGGAGAGAGAAUCUUCCACCCAAAACACUGUCAGGAGUACAGGUUAAUUUAAAGGAGAACAGUGAAGAAGUGAGGACACUGCCCCCUCCACAGGUACCAGCGUGUGAACAAAAGCCAGCAUCUCCUGUAGAAAGUGUCAGAAAGGCAGAAGAGGACGCAGAAGAGGAUGACUCGGCCCCUCUGUCCUCCAUCUGUUACCGGCCACACUUUAGGGCCAUCCCCAAGACAGCCAGCAUCCUGCACAGUCUCGGCCCACAGGACAUGCAAGAGAAAACCAGCCUUUCAAUUGCAAGCAGGCUCCGCCCACAUGAGCCUCCUGAACCUCACACUAACAGAGGGAAAGAUUUCCGGGUGGUGGCUGCAUCCAAACGAGCUAUGUCCAUGGAAAUGGACUCAGUGGGAAGGGACAGCUGUUUGGGUCGUGGGCGUGUAGCGGAGUUGAUGAAAACCUUCAGUGUGACCAGUGACUCCAGCCCCUCACAGACUCCUCCCAGGGCCAGCAAACCACCAGUUCCAACCAAGCCCAGUCACCUGCUUCUGCGGCCCUCCCCCUCACUCAGGUAAUUAGGCUGCAGUCAACACUCACGCUCCUCACAUCCCUCUAGUGAGGCCACAGUGGACGCUAUCGGACCCUCAGUUCAGGACUGCCUCCGUACAGUGAGAGGUGAAGCCCCCCAGCCUCUCUCAGGACCUUUGCCACUGCUGUAAUCAAGCAAGGGAUGCAGGAAGAUUAGCUUUUGCAGUUUCAUUUUGAUAUUUUGUAUGAUUGUUCUGUUAGUUUUCUCAGCUGGCAUGAAACACAAAAUAUUACCUUCUACAGUUGUUACAGAUUUUUUCAUAUAAAGUUUUUUCACUUUUUACAUGUUUUUCUUCUACUUUUGCUUUUUGACAUUCAUGGGGAUUUUAUUUACUUUGUUAGAUCACAAAUGUGAUCAUUUUAUAUUCCAGUUCCAGUUAUAUUUUUUACCAUUACAAAUCUUUGUCAAAUGUUAAAGGGAAAUUCCACACAGAUAUUUCUCACAUUAUUAAACUCAAUAGUGUGUCGCUUGUGUGGUGAGAGAAAAAGCAGCCCUUUACAUUCUUACCAAAAGAGGUUUGCAAAGUUUGAAAAGAAGAACAACAUCUAAUGAGAGGGGUUCAUGGAGUGAAAAUCAGCUUUUUUCUCCCAAAGGCAAAUAUUGUAAUACAGAAUAAGCCCAUUUGUUUGUUUACAGUAUGUUCUUGGUAGGUGUCUUAAUUUAUUCAGGAAGACUGCUGCUUAGAGCUGGAGUAGCUUCUAAAGCUUUGGGCAAUGUCAUUACUAAAAUUCCACUGUUUACAAACAUAAUCUAAACAGAGCUAUACAUCUCUUCAGGUUACUGGCUAUUGACCACUAUAUCUUGAGCUCAGACUACAAACAUAUUCUCUCACCACACAAGCAAUGCCAGCAUAAGAAGACCUCCUAAAUGUUUUCGACUUGUAUUUUCUUCACUUUGAUAGUGCACAUUUUAGAUUGUAGUAACAUUUCAUUAAAAAUUAACCAAUAUAUCUCUAUUGCCAGAACAAAACCUCAUAUCUCCAUUUUUGUUGUUUUUCAGUUUUUGGCAUAAUUUGAAAAUGC